UGCGUUUCUUAGUUGAUUAAUGUUUCCUUAUGGAUGACAAUCUGUAUGAACUAUGAUGAAUUUUGUUUUAAAUUGGCUAUCUAAUUCUAGUUGAAAAUAAAAACUACGCAUGACCCUUUGUAGUGAGUAGGCUAAUAGAGAAAAAGAGCAUACCGCAAGAGAGGGUCGCUGCUCCUCUCACUCUUAAGGUGGUGGUUGAUAUAUUCCUUUAAUUCUUGUUUGACGAAUGAAUUUGCACUGUUCGAGAAAAUGCCACAAUCGGAAUUUGCUUUCUUGGAUAGUUAUGAUUGGCCUUUUGUAGAGACUGUCUUUACUGUUUCGCAUAAAUAUUUGAAUUACUGGGUACACAGUGACUGCAACACUCCCUUUGCCCAUUCCGAGACAAUCAUGUCUCGUUCAUUGCAUUCCAAUUUCAGGUGUUCCACUUCUUCCUCAUCAGCUUCUCCGAUACCAAGAUUAAAUGAAGCAAAUAAAAGCAAUACUGCUGUUUUGAAGUUUGAGGAGACCAAAGAAAGAAUAAAAAAGAUGUUUAAUAAAGUUGAACUCUCUGUUUCCUCAUACGACACUGCCUGGGUAGCAAUGGUCCCUUCAAAUUCUGGGCAGCACCCUUUCUUUCCUCAAUGUGUAAAUUGGUUACUGGAGAAUCAGCACUCUGACGGUUCAUGGGGUCUUCCUCAUUGUCAUCCCUUGCUUAUGAAAGAUGCUCUUUUAUCUACUUUAAGUAGUGUUCUUGCAAUGAAGCGAUGGAAUGUUGGCGAAAAACAAAUAGACAAGGGCCUGUAUUUCAUAGAGGAAAAUCUAGCUUCAGCCAUUGAUGAGAAGCAAUAUUCACCUAUUGGAUUUGACGUAAUAUUUCCUAUGAUGAUUGAUUAUGCCAAAAAUUUGGAUCUGAAUAUUUCUCUUGAGCCAUCCAAUUAUGUUGACCUAAUUCAUAACAGAGAGAUGUCACUUAAAAGAGCCUCAGAAAGUUACUCAGAGGGACAUGAAGCGUACUUAGUGUACAUCUCAGAAGGUCUUGGAAAGCCAUUGGAUUGUGAAAGGGUCAUGAAGUACCAAAGGAAAAAUGGUUCUCUGUUUAAUUCACCAUCCACCACUGCUGUUGCUUUUACCCACUUUGGGAAUGCUGACUGUCUUAAGUAUCUCUGCUCUGUUGUAGACAAGUUUGGAAGUGCAGUUCCAACGGUAUAUCCUCUAGAUAUUUAUGCUCAUCUCUCAAUGGUGGACAAUCUCCAAAGGUUGGGGAUAGAACGAUAUUUCAAAGACGAAAUCAGAAGUGUACUGGAUGAAACAUACAAAUAUUGGCUGCAAGGAGAUGAGUGUGUUCUCUUAGAUGCCUCCACCUGUGCAAUGGCAUUUCGUUUAUUGCGUGUUAACGGAUAUGAUGUAUCUUCAGAUCCAUUAAUUCAAUUUUCAGAAGAUUAUAUAUUCAAUUACCUUGGAAAUCAUACGAAGGACAUAGAUGCUGUCUUGGAAAUAUUUAGGGCCUCCGAGAUCAUCAUCCAUCCAGAUGAAUCAAUCUUGGAGAAGCAAAACUUCUGGACAAGCCAUUUUUUAAAGCAAGAAUUAUUCAGCAUGUCAACCAGGGAAAAUAAACUCAAUAAAAAUAUUGGCAAAGUGGUAAGUGAAGCUCUUAAGAUUCCUUUCUAUGCAAACUUGGAACGACUAGCAAGUAGAAGAGCCAUAGAGUACUAUGACACUGAUAGUAUGAGGAUUCUGAAAACUUCAUAUUGUUCCUUAAAUGUUCGCAACAAGGAUUUCCUAAUGUUAGCAGUGGAAGACUUCAACAUGUGCCAGUCAAUACAUCGUGAAGAACUCAAACAUCUCUCUAGGUGGGUUGUAGAGAAUAGGCUGGAUAAGCUAAAGUUUGCUAGGCAGAAGCUGGCAUACUGUUACUUUUCUGCUGCUGCUACUCUUUCUUCUCCUGAAUUAUCUGAUGCCCGCAUAUCAUGGGCUAAAAACGGGGUACUUACUACAGUGGUUGAUGAUUUUUUUGAUGUUGGAGGUUCAGAAGAGGAACUAUUAAACCUCAUUCAAUUGAUGGAAAAGUGGGAUGUAGAUGUCAGUGUUGAUUGUUUAUCCGAGCAAGUUGAAAUUGUUUUUUUAGCACUUCGUGGCACGAUCUCUGAAAUUGGAGCAAAAGCAUUCAUGUGGCAAGGACGUAGUGUGACAAAUCACAUAAUAGAGAUUUGGCUGGAUUUGCUUAAAUCUAUGUUGAAGGAAGCUCAAUGGUUGAAAUACGAGACCGUGCCAACAAUAGAUGAGUACAUGAAAAAUGGAUACAUAUCAUUUGCCUUAGGACCUAUAGUCCUUCCAGCUCUUUACUUAGUUGGACCUAAGCUUUCUGAGGAUGUUACAAGACAUUCCGAGAUCCAUUAUCUAUAUAAACUCAUGAGCACUUCGGGACGACUUCUAAAUGAUAUCCAUAGCUUCAAGAGAGAAUCCAAAGAAGGAAAACUGAAUGCAGUGUCAUUAAACCUCCUGGUGCAUGCAUCUUGUUUUGGUUCUGGUUCUUCUUCUGAAGAAGAGACCAUUAAUGAAAUGAAAAGUGUUGUAGGCGCUAAGAGGAGAGAAUUGCUGAGGCUAGUUUUUAAGGAAAAAGAUAGCAUUGUUCCGAGAGCUUGCAAGGACUUGUUCUGGAAAAUGAGCCAAGUGUUGCACUUAUUUUAUGCCAAUGACGACGGAUUCACCUCAAAUGAGAUGAUCAAUGUCACAAAAGCAAUAAUUGAAGAACCCAUAACUGACAGCAAUUUGAAGUCUAGAAUAUGAAUCAAAUGUUAAAAAAUCAGGUGCAAUUAAUGAUCUCUGCAAAUAGUCAACCAGUCUAGCUGAGGAUGGAGAAUAAGGUCUGAGAAUAAGGUGCAAUUAAUGAUCCCUGCAAAUCAAACCUAGCCGAUGAUUUUUUAUAUAUAUACUUUUAAGUUGGAUCAUUCACAUAGAAUAUGUGCUUUGCUUGUGUUGCCAUUAUAAUUGAGUUAGCUAUGUGCCCAUUCGAUUAACAUAAACUAAUAUGAAACCUACAUCGUCUUCUCUUUUACUACGAUAUCACUUUUCACUUAAUCACAUAAGAAAAUAAGUAUUUGAAUUUU